CCGCCCCGCCCAGCCAGCUCGCGGCCGCGCGCAACAGGCCGUGCCGGAAAGGACUUCUAAGAAUCUGGUGAAAAACAACCCCUUUCUUGGGGUAGGGUUUGCAUUCCCUUCUUGCUUGAAGACAGACAAUGCCAAAGAAAGUGAAGCCUGCAGGGAAUGGGAAGGAAGAGAGUCCUGUUCCCUGUAAGCAGGUGAAAGUGGAGACAGCUGGUGGACCUUCCACCUUAAACUUUGAGAGCCCCAGUGGUCUCUUUGAAAGUCUGAUUUCACCCACCAACAUAGAGACAUUUUUCAAGGAAUUCUGGGAGCAGAAGCCACUUCUCAUUCAGAGGGAUGACCCUGCAGUGGCAGCAUACUACCAGUCCCUAUUCAGGCUGACAGAUUUGAAGAGUCUGUGCAGCCAGGGUAUAUACUAUGGAAGAGAUGUGAAUGUCUGUCGGUGUGUCAAUGGGAAGAAGAAGGUUUUAAAUAAAGAUGGAAAAGCACACUUCCUUCAGCUGAGAAAAGAUUUUGAUCAGAAAAGGGCAACAAUUCAAUUUCACCAACCUCAGAGAUUUAAGGAUGAGCUUUGGCGGAUGCAGGAGAAGCUGGAAUGUUACUUUGGCUCUUUGGUUGGCUCCAAUGUGUAUAUAACCCCUGGAGGAUCUCAGGGCCUACCUCCCCACUAUGAUGAUGUUGAGGUUUUCAUCCUGCAGCUGGAGGGAGAGAAGCACUGGCGCCUUUACAAACCCACAGUGGCCCUGGCACGUGAGUACAGCGUGGAGGCUGAGGCCAGGAUUGGCACUCCAACACAUGAGUUCACAUUAAAGCCAGGUGAUUUAUUGUACUUCCCCAGAGGGACCAUUCAUCAGGCGGACACUCCUUCAGGGCUGGCCCACUCUACUCAUGUGACCAUCAGCACCUACCAGAACAAUUCAUGGGGAGAUUUCCUUUUGGACACCAUUUCAGGGCUUGUGUUUGAUACUGCAAAGGAAGAUAUAACAUUACGGACUGGAAUACCCCGGCAGCUGCUCAUGCAGGUGGAAACCACAACAGUUGCAACAAGAUUAAGUGGCUUUUUGAGGACUCUUGCAGACCGGCUGGAAAGCACCAAAGAACUGCUUUCAUCAGACAUGAAGAAAGAUUUUGUUAUGCACAGACUCCCCCCUUACUACACGGGAGAUGGAACAGAGCUGUCGACACCAGGUGGAAAAUUACCAAGGUUGGACAGCACAGUGAGUCUGCAGUUUAAGGACCACAUCAUCCUCACAGUAGGGCCAGAUCAGGAUCGAUCUGAUGAAGCUCAAGAAAAGAUGGUUUACAUCUAUCAUUCUCUAAAGAAUAGGAGAGAAAUACACAUGAUGGGAAAUGAGGAGGAAAUAGAGUCUCAUGGACUUCGUUUCCCUUUUUCACAUGUGGAUGCACUGAAGCAAAUUUGGAAUAGUUCAGCAAUUUCUGUCAAGGACCUGAAGCUUACUACAGAUGAGGAAAAGGAAAGCCUGGUAUUAUCCCUCUGGACAGAAUGUUUGAUCCAAGUAAUCUAGUGAUGUUAUAGAAUCAAAUAACUGCUAUUUUACUUGCUCGUUUUUUAAAUUUUUU